CAUUUACAUUUUUUACCUCUAAUAAUGCAAAGCCAUCGAUAAUUACUUCUUCCAGCGUUUAAAUCGAAGCGAGCAAAAGAGGGUUUUUGCGAUGAUUGAACUCAAAACCCUAAGCUCGAGUUCUUGCUAUUUGCGUAUCGUUGGAAUCUACGAACCCUAGAUUCCAUCAAUCCUCACUCUCGCUAGAAUCUUAAACUAUAUGGAUUCGGGCAACGUAAAUGAAUCGGGCUAUAUGGAUGUAGUAGUGGAAGGAGGAGAUGUGUGGACUUGGGAGAUGAACAAGAAAUUUGAGAAUGCUUUUGCUACUUACUGCUACGAAAUCGGUGAUCAUUGGGAUAGGAUUGCAGAGGAGCUUGGAGUAGAUGUUGAGGAUGUUAAGAAGCACUAUCGGCUUCUUGAGGAAGAUAUUGAUGCGAUUGAAGAUGAUCGAGUGCUUUUGCCGAGCUAUUUAGAUGACGAGGUGGCUGAAGCUGGUGCCCAUGGUAAGAAGGGCGGAGACGGGAAGGGAAGGGCUGAGCAAGAGCGACGCAAAGGAAUUGCUUGGACUGAGGAAGAGCAUAGAUUAUUUCUUUUGGGUCUUGAGAAAUAUGGCAAAGGAGAUUGGCGAAGCAUAUCAAGAAACUUCGUGAUAUCUAGAACACCAACGCAAGUAGCAAGCCAUGCACAGAAGUACUUCAUCCGGUUGACUCCAGGCACCAAAGACAAGAGACGAUCAAGCAUUCAUGAUAUUACCAGUGUAAACCCUACUGGAGAGAAGGUAGGUCCUAUUACUGGGCAGUACGUGCCAUCUCCAGCUCAACAAACACAUCAGACGCCAGCUGGCAGUCCUCGGGUCCCAUCUGGGCCUGCCAUCGGCCGUCCAGUUGUGGGCUCACAUGCAGUUGGCACACCCGUGAACUAUCCUCUUCCUCGAAAUUCGGUUGCUCCACCUUUGGUUUAUAGAAUGCCAGCUCCAGUUACCAGCAAUCAAGUGGAGAAUGCCUAUCCUGAGCAGCAAAUGGAAAAUGCAUAUCUGGAGAUUCAAAUGGAAAAUGCCCAUCCAGAGACUCCAACGAAGAAUACAAAGAACACCUUUUCAAAGUCCAAUAAACGUCGAUAGGUGGUUCAAGACUCUUUGAUUUGCUGAGGAGAAGCAGUGCCUGUUGCUUAGCUUCAUAAAACAUGGAAUUGUUCAGGGAGUUUGAACUUGUCGCCUCUGCAAUAUCUUUUGUAGUUCCUCUUUGAUUAGUUGUCGACCUUACUAGUGUAGAGAGAGGAGUUAGCUUUUACAUACAAACGAAACGGUCUGAGUGUUUUGACACAUAUUUGUUUUGUCAUUUAGAGUCAUCUACCCCAAAAAUUCAUGAUAAAGGCUUUGUCUUUGUUAUUGAUUGGUAUUAAAUACCUAAUGGUGGUUUAGAUA